ACAAUUUAUUUUCUAAUUUUUGUCACAUUCUUCCCAAAACUGUGAACUGUUUUUAAUAUGGAAAGAGAAAGUAAAUAUCUACAGAGCAUUCUACACCAAAGCAAUGCCUGAAUAGUUUGUUAUGCUGACAUGCAUCACAGUCGAGCUUUACCAAUCAGCCAUUCCCUUUUAUCUUUCUGUAGGAUGUUAUUUUCCUCACUCCUGUCCCCAUCUACCUUGGCUUUACUUCAUCUUUAUCAGAUUGGCAUUAAAGAGUGAAAUGGUUAGAGGUAAUAAUUAGCGAGGUAAAUAACCGCAAUCUCUCCGACCUUGACUCAUAAAUUGAUUAGAUGGCACAUCAUCAACACUUUGUUCUGCUGUUGAAAGAAAAAGAGCAGCAGCUUUAGGGUGUAAAUGAGUCUGCAGUUGGAGCCAUGAUGUUCAGGUGGAUGAUUCUGCUGUUCUCUGUGGGUCUGACUGCAGCAAAACUGUCAGAUGAAACAGAAACUGAUGUUGAUCAGGGCCAAGACUGGGACAUCUUUGACAUCAACAAAGCCACUGGCCUGGACCUUCUUGAGGGGGAUAUCGAGGAAGAUGAAUUCCUGAGCAGAAACUCCAUCAUCGGUGACGAGUAUCGCUGGCCAACAACCAUACCCUACUAUCUGGAGGACAGUCUGGAUAUUAAUGCAAAGGGUGUCAUUCUGAAGGCGUUUGAUCAGUACAGACUAAAGACCUGCAUUGACUUCACACCAUGGAAAGGAGAGGAAAACUACAUAUCUGUGUUCAAAGGCAGCGGAUGCUACUCCUCAGUAGGAAACCGGCGUGUUGGAAAGCAGCAGCUGUCCAUUGGUAAUAACUGUGACCGACUGGGCACGGUGGAGCACGAGUUCCUACAUGCUCUGGGUUUCUGGCAUGAGCAAUCCCGAGCAGACCGCGACGACUACGUCGAUAUCAUCUGGGAUCAAAUUGAAUCCGGUAAGGAGCACAAUUUCAACACGUAUGACGACAGUGUGUCCAGCGCUUUGGGCGUUCCAUAUGACUACGGCUCCGUGAUGCACUACAGCAAGACGUCCUUUAACAUCGACUCUGAGCCCACCAUCGUCACCAAGAUCCCACAGUUCAUGGAUGUGAUUGGUCAGAGGAUGGGAUUCAGCGCCAGCGACCUAACCAAGCUCCGCCUCCUCUAUAACUGCACUAAAUCCUCCACCUUUGUGGACAGCUGUGACUUCGAGGAGGAGAACAUUUGUGGGAUGAUUCAGGGAUCCAGCAAAGCCACGUGGGAACGCCGCAGCUCUGCAAUCGGAGGCCCUCAGAACGACUUCACCAACAUGGGACAAUGCAAAGGGAAAGGCUACUUCAUGCAUCUCAGCACAGAAUCCAUUGGACCGGGUCAGAGCGCUUCCCUGGAGAGUCGCUGGCUUCACCCUAAAGCUGGAGCUCAGUGUCUGCAGUUCUUCCUCCACAACACAGGAGCAGCUGAUGAUGUUCUGAAUAUCUGGGUCAAAGAGUUCGACUCGGCCAACCCCAGCGGUAAACUCAAGCUCUUCAAGAGCAUCUCAGGCGGCGACAUGGGCUCCUGGGAGCUGAUCAACGUCAACCUGAACGUGACCCGAAAGGCCCGGGUGGUUUUUGAGGGGGUGAGGGGUGAAGGUCCUUCAAAGGGAGGUUUCUCUGUGGAUGAUAUCAACCUGUCAUCCGCUAAAUGUCCUCAGCACGUCUGGCACAUCCGUAACAUGACCCACCUGCUGGCCACCACACCACCGGGGAGCAAGCUGUACAGCCCCCCCUUCCUGUCGCCAUCCGGUUACUCCUUCCAGCUGGGCGUGUACCUGAACGGUCAGAGCAGCCGUCCCGGCUACAUGGCCACCUACCUCCACCUGACCUCAGGCCCCAAUGAUCACAACCUGAAGUGGCCGUGUCCAUGGCAACAGGCAACCAUGGCCCUGAUGGAUCAGCAGUCUGACAUCAGACAGCAGAUGAACAUGCACCGUAUGGUGACCACUGACCCCAACAAGAUGUCGUCCGACGGUACUGAGUUCUACUGGGACGACCCCAGGAAGGUGGGCUCUAAGGUGACCGCGUCAGACGGCGGCUCUUAUUACCGAGGCCCCGGCUACGGGACCAGCACCUUCAUCACACACAGCCGACUGAUGAGCAGGAGCUUCAUCAAAGGAGAUGACUCCUUCUUCCUUCUCAGCCUGGAAGGUGGGGUGAAAGUCAAAGUGUCUGAAAGUGGAACAUUAGGCUCUAAGUUUCAGUAA